UACUACGUGGUGGCAGCAGUCGACACUGCGCACACACUUGUUCGUUUAUGCGACUACACACUUAGUGAUUCUAGUAUUCUAGUGUAUUCAAGAUCGAUCGACGCACUCGCUCUUCACAACUCUACUACCUACACACACAGACGGUAUUUUUGUCGGGGCCUCAAGAGUAGAUCGAGACGAGUCACAGGCGAGUGACCCUUUACUCCGAGUGAGACCAGUGGUCAGCUAUUUAGUGUGCAGGAUCUUCUGAAUCUACUCAUAUCAUCAGUGCUCUUGUUUUUGCUCCUGCCUCGCUCGAUUAUAUUUUAUUUUCUACUCCGUAUAGUAGUAGUUUGUCAAUUAAAUCCACAAGUGUUCGGCAGCUUACUCACUACAAGACACCUCUACUCGCCAAGAGGUUACUCCGCUGGAAGUUCAUACGUCCACAUGUGGGGGCAAUAAGGGGAAGGAUAAUACACCCAAGAGAAGGGGUACUUUAAGCUAAGGUGAUUUUAAAAUCUACGAUACCACCAUCACAACAGAGUCAUUCACCCGUCGGUCAUCGUCGCAUCAACACCUUUGUUUUAUUAUUAUUAUUAUUAUUUUUUUUUUUUUUUUCAUUAUUUUCCCACAAUUAUUAAUUUCCAUAUUAAACUUUUAUUUUUCAAUCAUCUUGAAUUGAGUCAACACUUAGUGCUUGUGAUUGUGUUUAGUUUUAAUUUAUAAAUUAUUUUUACCUCCAAAAAAAUAAAGACUAUUUUGAAUUUUUAAUUAUUGAAGCUAAGCAAUGACUAUUAUUUUAAAAUAAAUUAUUUUUGGAUUUUUGAAUUUUGGUGAGUGAAGUGAAAAAAAAAAAAGUGGUUUUGAUUCCUUAAUGUCGGUUUUAAUCGUCAAUUAAAAAAAGCCUGAGGAUAUCGUGUGACGUGUAAAAUUAAUAAUCAAAGAUGAACCAGCAGUGCAAAGUGUGCGGGGAACCGGCCGCAGGAUUUCAUUUUGGAGCGUUCACUUGCGAGGGCUGCAAGUCAUUUUUCGGACGAUCUUACAACAAUUUGAGCAGCAUAUCCGAGUGCAAAAACGGCGGAGAGUGUGUGAUCAACAAAAAAAAUCGCACGGCCUGCAAAGCAUGUCGUUUACGAAAAUGCCUUUUGGUAGGAAUGUCAAAAUCUGGAUCACGGUACGGCCGUCGCUCUAAUUGGUUCAAAAUCCACUGUCUUCUGCAAGAGCAAGCUCAGCAGCAGCAGAACCAUCAUCAGCAGCAGCAAAAUCUCCCAAGCAGACCUGCGGCCCAAAACCCUAGCCUUCAGGGAUUGCAGUCGCGCAGCAAAGAGGAUUCGCUCAUGCUCGGAAUAGACGACUACAAGAACUCAACAUCUCCGUCAAUAAGUUCCCCAGAGUCUCACAACAGCGACAGCUCGAUCGAGGUAUCAGAGAGACGCGCAGCUUACGGUCUACACCCGGGGUUCAGGCCUCUGCAUCCACAUUUGGCCACCCCAGACCUCUCUAAUCUCGGCAAAGACAUGAUGGGACUACCUCUAGGCUUUCCCUUCGGCAGCAUGCCCAUGAUGCCUCCCUCAUUCUUACCUCCCUCAAUGUCAAUGAUUUCUCCCUAUCUAUACGCCUCAUACCCACACAAUCCUAGUCUCAUUUCCCAUUCCCUCAACCCUUCAAUUUCUCAAAACACGCCGCCAUCAAUUACCGACGAUUGUAGAAGCAAUAAUAAUAAUAAUAAUCGAUACGCAGCAAACCACAACGUAGUCGAGGAGUUACCAAACAAAAAAAGAGUUUACUUGGACGCCGUCCUCAAGAGCCAACUGUUGCCGGCUGCAAAAAAAGCUCGCGUAAGCUCGCCGAGAUUCGACGACAGCCUCGAACAAGAUUCCGACCGGUACGAGAGCAGUUCACCUGAUGACUGCUUGCCGCCACAAGACACGCCGAUUGACUUGUCAAUGAAGACAACCAGCGUGAUUGUCACCAGCGAGGACUCGGAUGACGAUAACCACGAGGAGGACGAUGUAGAUUUGGAAAGCGACCGCGGGAGUCCGGUUAUCAUCAGACGGCCAGCGCCGAUCGAUCUUACCACAAGGUCGUAAUUUAUACGUAUUUUUAUACGUAAUCAAUCAGAAAUAAUAAAUAAUAAAUGCCACCGUGUCCCAAAGCUAAUCUAAAGAUUAAGAUUAUUCUGAAGGAUAACAUUGUUAAAUGCUAAUCGAAUUUAUGACAUUUAAUUUACGGCUAAUAACGUAUUAAUAUAAUAAUAUCGAUGUUUUGUGAAACUGUCGGAUUAACUUUUUAUCUUCUAGUGACUUUGAUAUACCUUUUGUUGUCUAUAUUAUAUUUUAAAUUGACACGAGUUAACGAUUGGCCUGUCAUUGCUGAUUAAUUACCAAUAAAUUCAAAAAAUUUAUCAAAAAAAAAGUUCAACUAGAAGAGUUUUAAAUAAAAUUACUGGAGAUUAUUGAUCGUUUGGCAUCGCGUACAAAUCAAAAUUUUUUUAUUUUUUCUACGGUCAAUACUCUGGUAAAUUUUAAAGAAUUUAUUAUUUUCACGUUGUUGUAAAUAAUUGUAUUAAUUAUUUUAAAGGCCAGUAAUUAUUGCUAUUGUUGAAUUAUAAUAAGAAUUAUAGUUUAAAUUAUUAUUGUUUAUUUAAAUAAAUAAUACAAGUGCAAUCAUUUAAUUUAUAAAAUUUAUUGUACAACUUUGUACUGUGCAAUUAAAUUUAAGAAUUGAAAAAAAAAAAAUGUAAAUAUUUAAGAUAGAAAUUUAUGCUACUUUAUGUUUUUUUUUUAUUUUUAAUAAUUGAAAUGGGACCGAAGCCAGUAGUUUUAAUUAUUGUAAAUAAAUAUAUAUAUAUACAAGCAUAUAUAUGUAUAUUUAGGGUAAUAUAUUGAUUUAAAAAAUAUGUAAUGAUUAUUGUUACCUAGGUACUUUGUAAAAGUAAAAGAUAUUAAAAAAUAUAGUGAAAAAUUUGAAUUGUUUUUAUUUGUUUGCGGCAUUGAGACGGUAGUUUAGUGAAACGGGGCUGAAAAAUGAAUUUAGAGGAGGAUAAAAAUCCGAGGUUGCGUGUGAACUCAGUAAGAAAAGGUUACGGGCAUAAAUAGGCAAUAUAAUGAAGCUGGGAUAAAAGAUAGAGGUAGAGGUAGUGAGUUAUAAUGUACGGCGGCGGUCGAGGGGCAUGAAUAUUCAACGUACACGCAGUAUAAAUUCCUGCCCUCAUCUCUUCUUCUAUUCUAUUCUCGGUGUUGUGUUGUUCCUGCUCUAUCAUAACACACACUCGGAUAUUAUCUCGCGGAUUUUUAUUUCAUUUACAUGUGUAUGUUUGUAUUUAUAUUUAUAUUUAUGUAUUAUGUAUCGGGUAAAAAAUACGCGAUACGUGAGAAUAAAUUGCUUGAGUUUUAAAUAUCAAUUAGUCAGAAGACGAGACAAAGCUUAACGGUUUAAUAGACGAAUCCUUGUUAUUAUGCUACAGUAAUCAAUUUUAAUAGAUGCGCUCGUAAAGGUACUAAUUUUUUAAUAUUUUUUUUUGGUGAUGUUUAAUGGAUAAUUAGAGUUUGCAUUUAACUAUCGAGAGGUCCGCCGUAUGCCAGAUGUCUUAUAAAUAUAUUAAUUUUA